AGGACAGAACUAGAUACAUUUUUUAAAAGGCAACACGUAGCCUACAUAUCAAUGCAUACACACAAACUACCUCGGUCAAUGAUGGCUGGUUGCUAAGACCACUGACCCAGAGACCGAAUCAUAAUAUGAGAAUGAUGGCUACUCCACYAGUUUGCCCAUGUGUGCAAGCUCAAUACUUUGUUGUUCUCGGCUGGUGAUUAGCUAUUAGGCAAUGAUAUGUUAAUAAUAUAUAAACGUGUUGUCGUGAACGGACACAGACAAAUCGUGGAUUAGGAACCCAUGAGAAAACGUGUAGUUUGUGUUGUAGCAUUAUGAAAUUCAAUGCCAGUAUGUCAGUUCAUUUCAAWGAUCUAUGUCGUGUUUUAUUUGUUAUUUUAGUGUAUGGGAGGGAAUACAUGUGUGGGCGGUCUUAAAUGGUAUGCUUUUGGCCCUGAUUUGUUACCUACUAUACUCAGCGCCAUCUUGUUGCAACUCCUCUACGUAUGUGGAAGAGUUUCUACGAGGGAAGAAAUGAGCAUCGAGACGCUUUUAGAAGCAGCCAAGUUUUUGGAAUUGCAAGCCCAGCAACAACAGAAGGCACGUGAGGAGAAUGAGCUGAGGGAGAAGCUUCGCCUCCAACAGCUGUCUGACCACACCCACAGGCGCAAUGAUGUCACUUCCUACUCCCCCAUCCAGAUGAACCAUGUGACCCGAGCAGAAGAGUCCUGCCCCCAUUCGGAGCGCCGCCCCGCCCCUGUCCCGCCCCCACUGCCACCCCCCUCCAUGGCAGGGACAAGAGAAGUACAUAACAAGCUUGAGAAAAACAGACGGGCUCACCUGAAGGAGUGCUUUGAUACCCUGAAGAAAAACAUCCCCAAUGCAGAUGAGAAGAAGACCUCUAACCUCAGUGUCCUGAGGAGCGCCCUCCGAUAUAUACAGACGUUGAAGCGCAAGGAGAAGGAGUACGAGCAUGAGAUGGAGAGACUGGCGCGGGAGAAAAUCGCUACUCAGCAGCGAUUGGCUGAGCUGAAGAACGAGCUGAGCCAAUGGAUGAAUGUCAUGGAGAUCGACCGUGUUCUCAGACAGACGGUUCAACCAGAAGACGACCAGGCUUCUACCUCUACUGCCUCAGAGGGUGAAGACAUCAUGGAUGACGACAUGGAUGAGGAGAAUGUUCCGGCAGCCUUAYCCACCGUGCCUCAACAAGCCAUGCAACCCGAGUUGUACAAGACUGUGACCCCCACUCCCAUAACCCCCACCACCUCCAUCCUCACCCAACACAUCUCCAGCCAACACAAGGCCCAAACGUACCCCCACCCGCUGUCACCCCUGGCUGUCUCGGCUACAUUCUCCAYCCCAGCAUCCAACAUCACCACCACCCCUAUCCAGGCCAUCCUAUCGUCUCACACACACACCGUAACCUCCCCUAGCACCCUCUUCCCGGCUCACACACACAUGGUGACUGCCCACGCUCAUACUCACAUGGUAAAGGCCCCCAGCCUCCAGCCCACGGUCAUUGCCCAUGCCUCGGCUUCCCACGCCUCUGUCAUCCAGGCCGUCAACCACGUCAUCCAGGCUUCAUCUGGAGGAGCCAAGCACAUCACCCAUCUAGCUCCCUCCUCAGCCCCAGGGCACCACCACCAGCCCAUCGGAGACAUCCCCAUCCACCCUGUUACCCACCUGGGCCAGCACCAUCUACCCACCAUCUACCCCCAGUCCGUUGCUGUCACCCAGCCAGCCAUGGUGGGCCACAUCACCCAUACUCUCGCCCAGGUAAAUGGUACUGYCCCCAACCAGGGCACAACCACCAUCAUGGGAAAGCAGGCGGCAGUUGGUGCCCAGGUGGUGACACAUCACCAACAGCUGCUGAACCCUGUAACUAUGGUGACCAUGCCUUCAUUCCCCGUUAGCACUCUGAAGCUAGCCUGAUCUCUGAACCAGGCCAGAGCCAUCCUGAAGCUAGCCUGAGAACCAAGCUAAAUGAACAGGCCACACCCACCCUGAGGUGGCCAGAGUCAGGCUGAAGUCGGAGACAGACCUCCAGAUCUGGAGACCAUCGGCCUCAGAGCAGACCAGCCGGACAGGAACCAGCCCAGACUCAGAGCCCCGGGCAACUGAAGCAGGCCCAGAGUGAGGCAGGCACCAGGACUACUGUACUGACAAACAAAUGUAAAAGUCUUCAUACUGGACGCAAGUCCUCAUAUUCACUGAUGAUUCACAAACUGCAUUAUUAACUAACCUGAUGCAUUACAGCUGUCAAUAAGAAGUAACUCAGAACAUUCCAAGAAGAAACUAUAAAAAUGUAAUUUAAAAAAUAUAUAUCUUUAUAAUGGUUAUGAGAGGUGAACGACAGCCAAUGUUGUUGUUGGGCUGAGUAUGAUGUCCAGGAGGGUAAUGUUGAUGGAGUGUGAUAUUGUAUAGGAUGCAGUGUAGAAAAUCACAUGGAGACAUUCUCUGUCUGGCCUCCUCYGUGUUCAUAUCUACAGAAGCAAAACAGUAGCUAAUAGUGAGAGAAGGACGUCAUCCAAUGUCRAAGGCAGUCAGACCUGCAUAUUUUCAUUCAAGACCGGUUUUUAUAUUUCUGGUACAGGGUCAUGUAUUCCACAGCCAAGAGUAUUUACAAACCACACUACUAAUGACUGUGGUGGUGCCACUAUUUGCUAUUAUGAAAGCACCAAGGUUUUAGAUUUAACUGAAGUCUACCACUGCUAUCAGAGGCCAGGGCCUGUAUUCACAAAUCACCUGAAUAGUUGUGCUGAUCUAGGAUCUGCCCGUAUAAUCUCAUUCAUUAUGAUUAUAGUCUAAACUGAUACUAAAUAAGCACUCCUACUCUGAGACACUUUGUGGAUACGGRCCUUGAUGUGACCAGAAGGCAAAGCAUCCAAUUUCAGACCGCUGAAUUGGGGUCAGAGAGACUGGCUCUCUGGYUGUGUGAUUGGUAGGUGUUGGCACGUCAGCGUCAGCAUGGGAUCAGUGUGUGUGUGUGUGUGUGUGCUAACAACUAAGCGCCAUAAAGGAGCACAUUGAGGACAUGAUUGCUGGGACCUCCCCUUCCCACUACCCAGGCACAUGGCUGUGAAGUGAAACCUAAAACACGGCCUGGCYGUUCUUCUCCCACUGCAGCGCUGUCAUAUUACUGCAUGUACCACAGGCUUCCCCUGCUGGUGGUAAACCACAACUGCAUGUAAAAUGAGAUUGAUUGAAUGGUCAUUGAGUGUACUAGUUUGUAAUAACAUAUAUUCAGUGUGUGUGUCCCAGGCAGGAAUCAAACCCAAAUGCUGGCAUUACCAGUUCCACCAUGCACAUCUGAACCAGGUGAUGUAAAGUAUAACUGUGAGGACUUUUUACAAAACUGAACAACCACUCAGUUUAGCACAGGAGUAAAACUACAAUACUCAAGUGGCUACAUAUUACCACGAUUUAAUAUAUAUUUUUUACUAAUGGCAGAGCAGGAGCCAUAGCAGGCACAAUCACUGUAAAUUGUUCCUGUAGUAUCUAUGUAUGUGUAAUAAAGUAGCUAUAUAGUGAGGCAUAUCUUGUUUGUGUUGCAGCAGUGAUCUUAACUAAGGCCUUCGGCAGUGUCAUGGUAGAGCAUUGAAGUGAAUGUGGCAGUUUGGGGUUAAACGGCAUGGUCGGGCAGUCACCUACGCCAUUUUAUCCUCUUUCCACCACCCAUAUGAAUUAUCUGGUAUAUCAACUCUUAUCUAGAUUCUCAUGUUAGCCGUCCACUGCRCUAUUACACGACCUGUGUAGCUGAGAUUMAACUUUUAACUUCUAGCACUUUGAUAUGCUACUUAAUAACCCCAAUUAAAGCAAAACUGGUUUACAACUGUACAUAGCACUCGCAAAAACAGCACGUGACUGUGUCCCUCUUCACUUAAUCUGAAUGUUUUUGUGUGUGUGUCUGUCUUUGGAAGAAUGGACAUGGUAGUCAUAACAUUAAAAAAUAUAUAUUUGAUCAAUCUUUGUGUGGAAUGGAACAGUAUGUAUGUACACAUUCAAUAAUGGAUUUAGUGUAUUUUAAAGAUUUGCCUGUUUUUGCAUGUCGAUUGGUGAUUUUGGUUCAUAUGUAGAUUUUUAUGCCAGCUGUUUUCUGAGACCAUGUACAGUACUGUAUACCGCGGGAGAGCUUUGAGCUCUUUCCACAACGUUUGUGUUUUCCCUAUGGAGAAAGUGGAAGUUCUAUAUUGCCUGUACAUUUUGGGCUGCGUUUAGAUCUAAUUGUCCAUUAUGUAAAAAGAGAAUUUAAAUGCAUAAGUGGAAAAUUCUUAAGAUAGUUAAUAAAUCUUAUUACAUUUAUAA